CAAACCCGACGUAUCCCGAGUCGGUUCAGUCGCGGCUCACUCGCCAUGCUGCGCGCAUUGUCAAUCACGCGUGUGUUUCUUCUACUUGAAACGUUGUCCUUACACGACAGUGAUCAUCCCUGAGGUCUCAUACGUAAGAAGAUAACGAAACCAGUGUCCACGUUAAUAAAAUAGAACCAGUGUAUUUUCUCGUUCCGUGUGUUUUCAAGCCCAUUUCGGUGGACUCCGAAACGUCAACAAUAUCCAUGCCGUUUGGGGAACGCGUGGAUCCCGUGGUGUCGGAAAUAAACGAGUGCAUCGAUUGAAGGAUAAUUUCUCUUGGAAUAACAGUUUUUUAAUAAGUGUCGUGUGGUGUGGAGAUGAGGCGUCCAGUGUACUCGGUGGUCCUAGUCGAUAGGUGGGCAGCGUCGAGACGCGCUGCGUAACGACGCUGGUCGCGAAUGGUGAGGGAACACGCGUGUGAAGUAUAGUGUGGAAAAAGUGAAGCCUGUGGCUGGGUUUCAUCCGUGGAUCGCUUGGUGUUGUUUGGAUAAUCGGGAUUAUUAGUCAUUAAAGUGCAGAUAAUGUCAUUAGUUGUCUCUGCCUCAGCUAUGUAAAAGGAGCCUCAGCAACGCUCCCUUCGUCCCGGUGAUCGUUCCUGAAGAUUCGCGACACCCACACCAAGCAACAUUGCACCCCGUCGUCGGUAUCGGCGAUAACGCUGGCAAUCGUCCCAGGGUACAAGAAACUUGGCAAGAGGCGUCGCCCUUUCCUCGAAGCGAUGAUGAAGGCCAACCUGGUACGUCGGCUGGUUGGCACGUCCGUGACCUAAGGCCGCCCGUCGGAUCUCUUCCGGUCGAAGAAGAGGAAGCAAGGCGAAGGGGAUACGCGGCUGCCGAGUAUGACGACGAUCGUGACUAGCUCCGAGCCGACCGAGGUGUCCUCGGUGGACGUGACUACCCUAUUGAACGCCAUCUCCUCCGAGGACAAUCAGUUCGUGAACGGUAGUUACACGAACGACCAGAAGUGGUCUGUACCGACUACCAUAGCGAAAGGUUGUCUGUUAGGCUCGAUCAUCGUGACGGCGGUGUUCGGUAACCUGCUGGUGAUGGUGUCGGUGAUGCGUCACAGAAAGCUGCGCAUCAUCACCAAUUAUUUCGUCGUCUCGUUAGCCCUGGCUGACAUGCUGGUCGCGAUGUUCGCGAUGACGUUCAACGCGAGCGUCCAAAUGACAGGCAGGUGGUUGUUUGGAUACUUCAUGUGCGACGUGUGGAACUCGUUGGACGUCUACUUCAGCACCAGUUCCAUCCUUCACUUGAUGUGCAUCUCGGUGGAUCGUUAUUGGGCGAUCGUGAAACCGCUCAAGUAUCCCAUCAUAAUGACCAAGAGGUUGGCCGCGUACAUGCUGUUAGCCUGUUGGAUCAUGCCCGCGUUCAUCUCGUUCAUGCCGAUCUUCAUGGGAUGGUACACCACAGUCGAGAACAGUAUGCACCGACAGAAACAUCCGGAACUAUGCGAGUUCAAGGUGAACAAGGUGUACGCUAUAUUCUCGUCGAGUAUCUCCUUCUGGAUACCCUGCACCAUCAUGACCCUCACGUAUUUCGCGGUCUUCAAAGAGGCCAACAGGCAGGAGAAACAGAUGCACAGCAGGAUGGGUAACGUGAUGCUGCUCAGCCACAGGCCCAGCAAGGAUCUGAAUAAUUUGAACGGGGAAUUGAACAGCGCUGGUUCCUCCAAGACUUUAACUUUGAACGAGAUCAGCACCGAUCAUUUGCACACACCCACUAAGGAUAAAAACAUCAUGAAGAUGAAGAGAGAGCACAAGGCUGCUAGGACGUUAGGCAUCAUCAUGGGUACCUUCAUUAUCUGUUGGCUGCCGUUUUUCUUAUGGUACGUUAUCACGACAUUGUGCGGCGACUCUUGUCCCUGUCCUGACAUCGUGAUCGCGUUACUCUUCUGGAUCGGAUACACGAAUUCGGCGCUGAAUCCGCUGAUCUACGCGUACUUUAACCGUGACUUCCGAGAAGCCUUUAAGAAUACACUGCAGUGCGCUUUCUGUUCGCUCUGCAGACGAGAGCCGUCCGACCUCGAGGCGCUCGACUUCCGUCGGCCGUCCCUAAGGUACGACGACCGCACUAAAAGUAUAUACUCGGAGACGUACAUGAAGCACGUCGACCGACGAAGAUCGAGCGAGUUUGGUAGCAGUCUCUGAGAUGAGAGUGUCAUCUUUGUACCGUAAAAGCUGCAUCCGCGUAAAAGACACGUAUAAAUACGUACACCCACCUAACACAUCGUUACAGUCGCCUAUACGUAUGCAACAAAAAUGGGCGCGUACAGAAUCGUCGACUAUAUACGUACAGAACGUGUAGUUCGCCUCGAGUGAUUCUCCGCCAUCUUGCCAAAAAUGAAAAUGAAACUGAAACUAAGAAUCUCGUCAAGUACUCGCGUUUUUUUUUCAACAUUCUUCAACGAUCUCGUGUGGUGUUCGAUCGUGACAGAGAAAUAGCAAUCAUCAAGCGACGUAUGACGACAUUAGAAAAGUAACAAAAAAUUCCCUAGGAGAUGUUGGAAACGCUAUCGAAUGUAAAACAUUCAGAAAAUUACUCCAGAAAAUUAAUUUUACAGUGUGUAAUGUUCAGAAUGACACUAACGAGAUCUCAUGUCCGAUUUCGAAUCGUCAAACGUUUCGCUGAAGCUAGAACGUAAACGAAAGCAUCGGUCUCGUCGAGUUACAUCACGUUGGCCCUAAAAGCAGAGGGAUCAACCGAUAGAAUUGCUGCAGAAACCGAAACCACACGCUGCCGAAAAGCACAGGGACACACGGGAAUCGGGUAACGAAUACAAAGGUAUAAUACGGUAGGUUUUCACAGGGAAAAUGGCCAUGCGAGGGGACGAAGGCCAAUAACCAUAACCUGCUAUAAUAUUCGAGAGCCACGCACUUUCCCUAGCUUAUACGAAACAUUAUCGUUCUCGACAAGCAACAAAAUCUUGGCGAGUAAAUGUUUAUAGGCAAGUGGUGCCUUAUAUUGCCAUUUUUCCUCUAGGGAAGAACCCCGUGCUCGGUUCUGUACUAGGAAUAAUGGCGAUGUAGGGAAUUUUUAUUUAUUAUCCAUAUUUUUUAGGUAUGCAAUUUUUCUAAAUUAACCUUAAUUAUAAUAUUCGGUAACUGGAUUCUUUUUCCUUUGUAUCGCCAUUUUCCCUAGGGAAGAGCCCAAUGCUAGGUACUGUAUUAGAAAAAAUGGCGAUAUAGGGAAUUUUUAUUUAUUACUCAAAUCUGUUAGUUAUUCAAAUUUCCUAAAUCAGUCUUAAUUAUAAUAUAAUGUGACUUUGGAGUAUUAUCACGAGUAGUGGAGCCUUUUCCCUCUGUAUCGCCAUUUUCCCUAGGGAAGCAUCUAUGCUCGAUACUGUACACGCAUCAUCAUUGCCAAAGAUAGUAUUUUUAAGUGAACUUUCCAUGGAUGAGAAGACACGCUUCGAGCUGGGAUCGAUCAAUCAACGAACCUCUAAAAAAAAAUACCGGAAAUCAAGGGAUAAUUUCGUUCACGAAGCUAUUUCCAAGCUGUACCCUUCGUCAGGAUGAAGAAAGAUGUUUCUAAAAGGGGAUGAUAGGUUUUUUUCGUCUAGAUUCAAUGAAUUUCGAACAAACGAGUCCUAUUGGGUGGCCAAGAGUGUUAUAUGGAACUCGAAUCCUUCUUCAACUCGCUUCUGUUGCGUUUUCUCUCAGACGAAUGCAAAUAUAAUGAAGAAGAGGAGAGAAUCUCGUAUUCGUGGAAUAGGCUUUUGAGUUUGAUUGGCAGAUCGAGAGCAUGCCUCUGAUGAUCAAGUGGAUCGGUUGAUGGGUACGCGGAAGCAAUAAAUAAACACAAAUCGAUUAGAUAAUCACUUUUGAUGAUUGACGAUCGAAAUAACACGAUUUUAGAAUUUUUUUAUACAUACAUAUAUUUAUUAUCUGAUUAUUUGAAUGUUUGGAAUAUUUGUAUAAAUUAAUCAAAUCGCUCUGGGUGAUUUGAAAAUUUUCGUAAGACCGUGUAUAAUUUAUAAUCAUUGUUAUUGUUCAUGUUUGAUUGUUUAUUUUAUGAUCGCGCCUGUUUCUAAGAAACUUUUAUAUUUUAUCGAGAUAGUAUUUAUAAUUCAUUGUUAAUUUGGUUUUAAGCAAACAGAUAUUUAUAGUCAGAAACAUAUCAAUAAUUUCUUGUUACGAACAUCAAAAUGAGCUUCCUUCGAAGAAAUUGCAAUUGUUGUUUAAAAUUUUUAAAAACGACAAUAGGGAUAAUUGAACCUUUCAUUUUUAAUUUACUUCAGUUGAAAAAACCGUGGAAAAUUUUGCGUCAUUUUUAGAAACAAUUAAUUAAACAAUAAACCAAGUAUCUUAUGGCGAGAUAUAUUUUAUGGUUCCAAAAAAUUAUUUAAUUUUCAUUAAAAAUUUACUUCACUUUGGCAAAUAUUAAUACAAUUAAAGUUCAAUAUAAACAGAAAAUUCCACCGAGGUGUUUGAAAAAUAUUAAAACAAAUUAAUGUCUUUGGAGUUGUGCAAAUCUUGCGAAAAAUAAAUAAAAUAUUGUAAUCUGAAUUUCCUGCUAAGAAAUGGAAUCGAAAGAGAAAAAAAAUGGAAAAAACAAUGCAAUAAUAUUGCUUCGUUAGGUAAUGCUUGGCAGUAAUUUAAUUCCUACACGUACGCGUAGUUUAAGUCGUUAAUUAACGUUAAAUUAAUUUAUACCUCAUCGUUGAAACGUCGAUUAUUGCGUAUUCGUUUCGUUAUUGAAGUCUGACAAUUUUAUCCGUGACACUGUUUAUCCUGUUUACCGUGUUAUUAUUUUAUUUUCGUUUGUUUCUCUUUUUAACUUUUCAUAAGGAUCAUCGUUUCUCUGUGAUAGAAUUCGUGAAUAUCAUCGUUACACACAUUUUGUAAAUAGCUUGUAAAUAUCAGCGUCGUUUAUCGAAAAAAAAAAAGAAAAAAACGGUGUCUUCUUUUCUUUCUCAUGGAGAAAAUUGUGUAGUCUGCGUGAAUAAUAUCAAAUAAAUCAGCGAUGAACGGAAAGUGUAUCGAAAAGUCGCGUUUCGUUAUGAUUUAUUAGUAGAAAAUUCAUUGUUUCUUCGAAACGCAACAUUUUAUAUUCUGUAAUUAGGAAAAUAUCAAACCGUGUUUGAUGAUUUUAUCUUUCUUUUUUAUAAUUAUACUGUAGGGAGAGAAAAAGGGUCGUCUGCCAGAUUCGUCGUCAAUGGGACUGACGACAGACGAUCCCUGCCCCAGACGCCCACAACCCCGCUUUUCGGAACUCGUAUACGGCCCUGUUGUUGCGGUUUUUUAUUCUUUGGGUCUGUCGUUCCUAGCGUACACCCCCGCUGUGGCACUUGCCGCAACAAUAGGGCCGCUUUUACGACUUGCUAUACAAACCGAGACGUAUCUACUGAAAACCGAGAAAUUUGUAAACGUUAUAUCUUGAAAACUAAUUAAAAUCGAGUGUAUUCAUUAAAGCUUAAUGAAUUUGUCUUGAGAAGCACUUUAACAUAAUCUGAAAAAAAAUAUAUGGUUCCAUUUAGAAAACAAAACUUGACCAUCGUAUCUCUUAAACUAAUAAUGCAAAAGAUUUUUCACUUCGGCCAAAACAUAAUUCCCUUUUUACCGUGCAAUUUCUAUAUCAGCAAUUUUUUGUAUCAUUAAUAGUUACGGAAUAACGGUUCAUUUGAGGCACAUUUGAAUCGCAUGCCGGGGGACCGCUAGCGAGAGAACAGCUCCAAUCCCGACGCCACCUGGCGGUCACCGACCCGAACUAAGGGCGUCCGGGGCGACUGGCCCCCCUUCCCCCUCCACUAAACGCCUACAAAGGUUGAAAAAUUAGAUUCGUCUCAUCGUUAAGAUUGUGUGAUACGAAUUUAUUCAGUUCGAUUGCGAUUUUGUGAUAAUCAUCGAUUGAUUUUUCAUUUUGUGAACUUUCCUGUUUGAAAGUGAUGUUAAGUUUGUUUUGUUAAAGAAAUUUUAAAGUAUUCUUGUACAAAUCAAUUUCCCCACAUAUCUGCAUGUAAAUCAUCCACAUUUUUGAACAACGAAGAUGUGUUAUGGAAUAUUCCUUGUUUCGUAUUUCAUCUCUUUUUUUGUAUCGGUUCGAUGAAAAUAAAGCUUGAUUAUAUUUCAGCCGUUA